AUGUCACUGUUACCCCCAGCCACAGGCCAAGCCACAGAGAAGCCGCAGGCCCAGCCACAGGCCCAGCCACAGAGAAGCCGCAGGCCCAGCCACAGGCCAAGCCACAGAGAAGCCACAGGCCCAGCCACAGGCCAAGCCACAGAGAAGCCACAGGCCCAGCCACAGGCCAAGCCACAGAUAAGCCACAGGCCAAUCCACAGAGAAGCCACAGGCCCAGCCACAGGCCAAGCCACAGAGAAGCCACAGGCCCAGCCACAGGCCAAGCCACAGAGAAGCCACAGGCCAAGCCACAGAGAAGCCACAGAGAAGCCGCAGGCCCAGCCACAGGCCAAGCCAGAGGCCCAGCCACAGUCCCAGCCACAGUCCCAGCCACAGGCCCAGCCACAGUCCCAGCCACAGUCCCAGCCACAGGCCCAGCCACAGGCCCAGCCACAGGCCCAGCCACAGAGAAGCCACAGUCCCAGCCACAGGCCCAGCCACAGGCCCAGCCAUAGAGAAGCCGCAGGCCAAGCCACAGGCUCAGCCACAGAGAAGCCGCAGGCCAAGCCACAGGCCAAGCCACAGCCCAGCCACAGGCCCAGCCACAGUCCCAGCCACAGGCCCAGCCACAGUGAGGCCACAGGCCCAGCCACAGUCCCAGCCACAGUCCCAGCCACAGGCCCAGCCGCAGUCCCAGCCACAGAGAAGCCGCAGGCCCAGCCACAGGCCCAGCCACAGGCCCAGCCACAGAGAAGCCGCAGGCCAAGCCACAGUCCCAGCCACAGGCCAAGCCACAGGCCCAGCCACAGGCUCAGCCACAGAGAAGCCGCAGGCCCAGCCACAGGCCAAGCCACAGAGAAGCCACAGGCCCAGCCACAGGCCAAGCCACAGAGAAGCCACAGAGAAGCCACAGGCCCAGCCACAGGCCAAGCCACAGAUAAGCCACAGGCCAAUCCACAGAGAAGCCACAGGCCCAGCCACAGGCCAAGCCACAGAGAAGCCACAGGCCAAGCCACAGAGAAGCCACAGAGAAGCCGCAGGCCCAGCCACAGGCCCAGCCAGAGUCCCAGCCAGAGUCCCAGCCAGAGUCCCAGCCAGAGUCCCAGCCAGAGUCCCAGCCAGAGUCCCAGCCAGAGUCCCAGCCAGAGUCCCAGCCACAGGCCCAGCCAUAGAGAAGCCGCAGGCCAAGCCACAGGCUCAGCCACAGAGAAGCCGCAGGCCAAGCCACAGGCCAAGCCACAGGCCCAGCCACAGGCCCAGCCACAGUCCCAGCCACAGGCCCAGCCACAGCCAAGCCACAGGCCCAGCCACAGUCCCAGCCACAGGCCCAGACACAGAGAAGCCACAGGCCCAGCCACAGAGAAGCCACAGGCCCAGCCACAGGCCCAGCCACAGGCCCAGCCACAGUCCCAGCCACAGGCCCAGCCACAGGCCCAGCCACAGUCCCAGCCACAGGCCCAGCCACAGUCCCAGCCACAGUCCCAGCCACAGGCCCAGCCCAGGCCCCAGCCACAGUCCCAGCCACAACCCAGCCACAGAGAAGCCACAGGCCCAGCCACAGAGAAGCCACAGGCCCAGCCACAGUCCCAGCCACAGGCCCAGCCGCAGUCGAAGCCACAGGCCCAGCCACAGGCCCAGCCACAGGCCCAGCCACAGGCCCAGCCACAGAGAAGCCGCAGGCCAAGCCACAGGCCAAGCCACAGUCCCAGCCACAGGCCAAGCCACAGGCCCAGCCACAGUCCCAGCCACAGGCCCAGCCACAGUCCCAGCCACAGGCCCAGCCACAGAGAAGCCACAGGCCCAGCCACAGAGAAGCCACAGGCCCAGCCACAGGCCCAGCCACAGUCCCAGCCACAGUCCCAGCCACAGUCCCAGCCACAGUCCCAGCCACAGGCCCAGCCACAGUCCCAGCCACAGUCCCAGCCACAGGCCCCAGCCACAGUCCCAGCCACAGUCCCAGCCACAGUCCCAGCCACAGUCCCAGCCACAGUCCCAGCCACAGACCCAGCCACAGUCCCAGCCACAGUCCCAGCCACAGUCCCAGCCACAGAGAAGCCACAGAGAAGCCGCAGGCCCAGCCACAGGCCAAGCCACAGAGAAGCCACAGGCCCAGCCACAGGCCAAGCCACAGAGAAGCCACAGAGAAGCCACAGAGAAGCCACAGGCCCAGCCACAGGCCAAGCCACAGAUAAGCCACAGGCCAAUCCACAGGCCCAGCCACAGAGAAGCCACAGGCCAAGCCACAGAGAAGCCACAGAGAAGCCACAGAGAAGCCGCAGGCCCAGCCACAGGCCAAGCCAGAGGCCCAGCCAGAGGCCCAGCCAGAGGCCCAGCCAGAGGCCCAGCCACAGUCCCAGCCACAGUCCCAGCCACAGGCCCAGCCACAGUCCCAGCCACAGGCCCAGCCACAGGCCCAGCCAGGCCCAGCCACAGGCCCAGCCACAGAGAAGCCGCAGGCCAAGCCACAGGCCCAGCCAUAGAGAAGCCGCAGGCCAAGCCACAGGCUCAGCCACAGAGAAGCCGCAGGCCCAGCCACAGGCCAAGCCACAGAGAAGCCACAGGCCCAGCCACAGGCCAAGCCACAGAGAGCCAGGCCAGCAGAGAAGCCGCAGGCAGGCCCAGCCACAGGCCAAGCCACAGAUAAGCCACAGGCCAAUCCACAGAGAAGCCACAGGCCCAGCCACAGGCCAAGCCACAGAGAAGCCACAGGCCAAGCCACAGAGAAGCCACAGAGAAGCCGCAGGCCCAGCCACAGGCCAAGCCAGAGGCCCAGCCAGAGUCCCAGCCAGAGUCCCAGCCAGAGUCCCAGCCAGAGUCCCAGCCAGAGUCCCAGCCAGAGUCCCAGCCAGAGUCCCAGCCAUAGUCCCAGCCACAGGCCCAGCCACAGGCCCAGCCACAGGCCCAGCCACAGUCCCAGCCACAGACCCAGCCACAGACCCAGCCACAGACCCAGCCACAGACCCAGCCACAGUCCCAGCCACAGGCCCAGCCACAGAGCCCAGCCACAGAGAAGCCACAGGCCCAGCCACAGAGAAGCCACAGGCCCAGCCACAGAGAAGCCACAGGCCCAGCCACAGGCCCAGCCACAGGGAAGCCACCAUGACUUCCCCUCCUGAGACUCAUGUGAUUUGCCGCUGGCAGGAAGUUCUGUGCUGGACUGCCCUGUGUCCCCCCCCGGACUCUCCUCUGAGCCCUGUGUCCCCCCCUGACUCUCCUCUGAGCCCUGUGUCCCCCAACUCUCCUCUGAGCCCUGUGUUCCCCCGGACUCUCCUCUGA